AACAACCUAUUGCAAGGGAAAGAGAGCCAUCAUUCUAAAGAAAAAGAGCAAGGAAAAGAGAGGGGUAAAAGAGAAUUGCAGGAAGAAAAGAAGGGUGGGGGUGUGCAAGGAGUCAUCAAUGGCAACACCAAAGCAGAUAUGGGAGCAACAGCAAUCGCAGAUGCAGCGAGUAAAGAACUCGGGAAUUACCAGUUGCAAUGGGAGUCCGAUAAAAGAUGACAAGGAAGAGGAGAUGGCGAAAUCUGCAUUGGCAUCGUUUCGAGCAAAAGAAGAAGAGAUUGAGAGAAAGAAGAUGGAGGUGAGGGACAAGGUUCAGGCUUACAUGGGACGCGUCGAAGAAGCAACUAGGCGGUUGGCUGACAUUCGAGAAGAGCUUGAUUCACUCAUAGAUCCAAUGAGGAAGGAAGUUGCAAAUGUACGCAAGAAGAUAGACACCGUUAACCGGGAGCUGAAACCAUUGGGACAGAGCUGCCAGAAGAAGGAAAGAGAAUACAAAGAAGCCCUUGAAGCCUUCAAUGACAAGAAUAAGGAGAAAGCUCAACUGGUUAGCAAAUUAAUGGAGCUGGUGAGUGAAAGUGAGAAAUUGAGGAUGAAGAAGCUGGACGAGCUGAGCAAAAAUAUCGAAACCCUUCACUAAAUUGUGCUGACUACAACUACAUGAUCUGCUUUGUGUGCUGUAAUUAGACCCAGGUUUCUGAUGUUUGGUACAUUUAUUGUUUCUGUCCAUGUUUUCACUGGUUCUUCAUGGGAAGUUUUCUGAUCUAGGAAAGUAGUCACUGAGCAGGUUUGUCACUGAACAGGUCAACUUUCUUGUACUGAAUGUAUGGAUAUGCUUGCUCAGCCACCAUUGCAUAGUGAAUUGCUCAUGUGUUUGUCAGCAAGCCACCUAUCUAACUCAAAAAAGAGAUGUGCCACCAUAAAAAUUUGGUCAAUAAUUUCAAGAAUUCGAUUCCAAUUUAUCCCACUCAGAGG